GGAGUUUAGUAUUUGCCGAUAUAUAACAAUAUCGUUAUUAAUUAUUUGGUUACACAUAAUUGGCGUUUUUUUUUUUUUUUUUUUCUUGACAGUGACAUGUGUCAUUCUAAGGCCUCACAUAAUUCGACCAGCUAGAUGCUGCGGAACCGACACACCCUCUAUCAUUUUGCGGAAGCAGCUCCAAGGGGAAUUACGUUUUUAUAUAACCGUCUGGCUGCACUAGACAACUUCGAGAAGAAAUUAAGAAAGUUGUCACAGCAGUCUAUUUAACCACCGAAAUCAGAAAAGAUGAGUGAAGCCAAUGUAUACGGUAAUACCACAGAACCAGUAGAGCAGUCGAAGAGGUGGCUAACAGAUGAUCAUUUGGACAAAAAAAGGGCUGUGAUAAAGAUUCUAGAAGUGCUCUUGUCAUUCAUUGCAUUUAUAUGUGAAGAGGUGGUCAACAACUGCUCUAACUGUGGAGCGCUCUACUUCUUUGAAUUUGUCAGCUGCACAGCCUUCCUUUUUACCAUUUUACUGCUGAUCCUGCUUAAAACCACAUUGUUCAAGUCAGUCGGAGUUAGCCACCUCCCAUACGUGGAUUUUUUAUUUACUCUUGGAAUAGCAGUUUUGUUCCUGAUUGCCUCGUCUGCAUUUGCUGCCAGCAAUUAUGGAACCAAUCUGGAGAAUGCUGCUUUUGUCUUUGGAUUUUUGGCAACACUUGCAUUUUUGAUCGAUGUUGUCCUAAUUUAUAAGGACAAAGGAUUUCCAUGGAGCCCAAAGAAUCACGCGCCUACCAGCAACCCUGAAAAUAAAGAAUCAGAUGAGAAAGAGAAAUUGAAUUCCAACGGGAGUACAGCAAAUAAUGUUUAGGCAAGUUAAGGAUUCAUUUUCAGUGGAGAAGAUAUGCUUUUUUGGCCAUUUUUUAAAUUUGAUUUUAUUUGUUUUAUUUUUUAUCUCCAACACUACUGAUUUAAGUAGAUACGUGCAUUACAGCAAUGGAAAGAUACAGCUGUGUCAUCUAAUUUUUCCAUGUUUUUUUCCAUGUUU